GGACAAUCCUCCUCAUCCUCCGAAAACACAGGGAGACGGUGGGGUGGAGUCCCGGAAACAUGGGCCAGAUCUAAAUCCCUGCAGAAAUCACGGGCUUCUUUCUCCUUUCUUUACAUCACUAACAAGCUGCGGAUAUUAUUCCUGAUAUUAUAUAUUUUCCAUCUGGAUUGAAUCUUCACAUUUAACCGAAGAUGUCUCGCGGAGUGAUCCAGCCCAGCCAGCAGAAGCUGGCCGAGAAGCUGACCAUCCUGAACGACCGCGGCAUCGGGAUGCUGACCCGGGUUUACAAUAUCAAAAAGCAAGGACAAGUUUGGAAGGCGUGUGGCGACCCCAAAGCCAAGCCCUCCUACCUGGUGGAUAAGAACCUGGAGUCGGCCGUCAAAUUCAUCGUCAGGAAGUUUCCCGCCGUGGAGACGCGCAACAAUAACCAACAGCUGGCUCAGUUGCAGAAAGAGAAGUCGGAGAUCCUGAAGAACCUCGCCCUCUACUACUUCACCUUCGUAGACGUCAUGGAGUUCAAGGACCAUGUGUGUGAGCUGCUGAACACCAUCGACGCCUGCCAGGUCUUCUUCGACAUUACGGUGAACUUUGACCUCACUAAGAACUACCUGGACCUGGUGGUGACCUACACCACUCUGAUGACCAUCCUGUCACGCAUCGAGGAGAGGAAGGCCAUCAUCGGACUCUACAACUAUGCUCACGAGAUGACGCAUGGAGCCAGUGACCGGGAAUACCCCAGGCUGGGUCAGAUGAUCGUGGACUACGAGAACCCUCUGAAGAAGCUGAUGGAGGAGUUUGUUCCACAUGGGAAGUCGCUGUCGGAUGCGUUGAUCAGUCUUCAGAUGGUUUACCCUCGCAGGAAUCUGUCGGCCGACCAGUGGAGGAACGCCCAGCUGCUGUCUCUGAUCUCCGCCCCGUCCACCAUGCUCAACCCCGCUCAGUCAGACACUAUGCCGUGUGAAUACCUGUCACUGGACGCCAUGGAGAAGUGGAUUGUUUUCGGCUUCAUCCUGUGCCACUCUGUGCUGAACACCGAUGCGACUGCUCUGUCUCUGUGGAAACUGGCUCUGCAGAGCUCCACCUGCCUCUGCCUGUUCAGAGACGAAGUGUUCCACAUCCACAAGGCAGCCGAGGACCUGUUCGUCAACAUCAGGGGGUACAACAAACGCAUCAAUGACAUCAGAGAGUGCAAGGAGCAGGCCCUGUCUCAUGCAGGCUCCAUGCACCGAGAGAGACGCAAGUUCCUCCGCUCGGCGCUGAAGGAGCUCGCUACCGUGCUAGCCGACCAGCCAGGACUGCUGGGCCCUAAGGCGCUGUUCGUGUUCAUGGCGCUGUCGUUUGCCCGGGACGAGAUCAUCUGGCUGCUGCGCCACGCCGACAACAUCCAGAAGAAAAGCACCGACGACUUCAUCGACAAACACAUAGCAGAGCUGAUCUUCUACAUGGAGGAGCUGCGGGCCCACGUCAGGAAGUACGGCCCGGUGAUGCAGAGGUACUACGUCCAGUAUCUGUCCGGCUUCGACGCCGUGGUGCUGAACGAGCUGGUGCAGAACCUGUCCGUGUGUCCAGAGGACGAGUCCAUCAUCAUGUCCUCAUUCGUCAACACCAUGACCUCCCUCAGCGUCAAACAAGUGGAGGACGGGGAGGUGUUUGACUUCAGAGGCAUGAGGCUGGACUGGUUCAGACUGCAGGCGUACACCAGCGUGUCUAAAGCCAGUCUGGGAAUCUCCGAUCACAAGGAGCUGGGGAAGAUGAUGAACACCAUCAUCUUCCACACCAAGAUGGUGGACUCUCUGGUGGAGAUGCUGGUGGAAACAUCAGACCUGUCCAUCUUCUGCUUCUACAGCCGAGCGUUUGAGAAGAUGUUCCAGCAGUGUUUGGAGCUUCCCUCUCAGAGCCGACACUCCAUCUGCUUCCCUCUGCUCUGCACACACUUCAUGUCCUGCACACACGAGCUGUGCCCCGAGGAGCGGCACCACAUUGGCGACCGCAGCCUGUCGCUGUGCAACAUGUUUCUGGACGAGAUGGCCAAGCAGGCCCGCAACCUGAUCACCGACAUCUGCACCGAGCAGUGCACCCUGAGCGACCAGCUGCUUCCCAAACACUGUGCGAAAACCAUCAGCCAGGCGGUGAACAAAAAGAGCAAGAAGGCCACGGGGAAGAAGGGGGAGCCGGAGAGGGAGAAACCAGGGGUGGAGAGCAUGAGGAAGAACCGGCUGCUGGUCACCAAUCUGGAUAAGCUGCACACGGCGCUGUCGGAGCUCUGCUUCUCCAUCAACUAUGUUCCUAACCUGGCCGUGUGGGAGCACACCUUCACCCCCCGGGAGUACCUCACCUCACACCUGGAGAUCCGCUUCACCAAGUCCAUCGUGGGGAUGACGAUGUACAACCAGGCCACGCAGGAGAUCGCCAAGCCCAGCGAGCUGCUGACCAGCGUGCGGGCGUACAUGACGGUGCUGCAGUCCAUCGAGAACUACGUCACCAUCGACAUCACCCGCGUCUUCAACAACGUGCUGCUGCAGCAGACGCAGCACCUGGACAGCCACGGGGAGCCCACCAUCACCAGCCUCUACACCAACUGGUACCUGGAGACAUUGCUGCGUCAGGUCAGUAACGGACACAUCGCCUACUUUCCCGCCAUGAAGGCCUUCGUUAACCUGCCAACCGAGAACGAGCUGACUUUUAACGCCGAGGAGUACUCCGACAUCUCAGAGAUGCGUUCGCUGUCCGAGCUGCUGGGUCCGUACGGGAUGAAGUUCCUCAGCGAGAGUCUCAUGUGGCACAUCUCCUCUCAGGUGGCCGAGCUGAAGAAACUGGUGGUGGAGAACAUGGAGGUUCUGACCCAGAUGAGGACGAGCUUCGACAAACCGGAGCACAUGGCUGCUCUCUUCAAGAAACUCACCUCUGUGGACAGCGUGCUGAAGCGAAUGACCAUCAUCGGAGUCAUCCUGUCCUUCCGCUCACUGGCUCAAGAGGCUCUGAGAGAUGUGUUGUCGUGUCACAUCCCCUUCCUGGUCAGCUCUGUGGAGGACUUCAAAGAUCACAUCCCCCGGGAGACAGACAUGAAGGUGGCGAUGAAUGUGUACGAGCUCUCGUCGGCGGCUGGGCUUCCCUGUGAGAUCGACCCGGCACUGGUGGUGGCUCUGUCCUCUCAAAAAAGUGAGAACAUCAGUCCUGAGGAGGAGUAUAAGAUCGCCUGCCUGCUGAUGGUGUUCGUGGCCGUCUCCUUACCCACGCUGGCCAGCAACGUGAUGUCCCAGUACAGCCCCGCUAUCGAAGGACACUGCAACAACAUCCACUGUCUGGCGAAGGCCAUCAACCAGAUCGCUGCAGCUCUCUUCACCAUCCACAAGGGCAGCAUCGAGGACCGCCUCAAGGAGUUCCUCGCUCUGGCUUCCUCCAGCCUCCUGAAGAUCGGACAGGAAACAGAUAAGAUGACGACGCGUAACAGAGAGUCUGUGUACCUGCUGCUGGACAUGAUCGUGCAGGAGUCUCCGUUCCUCACCAUGGAUCUACUGGAGUCGUGCUUCCCAUACGUCCUGCUGAGGAACGCCUACCACGCCGUGUACAAACAGAGCAUCAGCGCCAACGCAUAGACACACACACACACACACACACACACACACACACACACACACACACACACACUAAAUACAACUAAACACACUAAACUGCUACAACGCCUCAAUGUGACAUUCAGACACACACACACACACACACACACACACACACAGUCUGUUGCUGGUUGAUUUGGGAUCAGUGUGUUUUAACUCGUCAUACACUAGGUGUGUGUGUGUGUGUGUGUGUGUGUGGUUGAACAGACAUAAUAUAAAUAUAUAGUAUAUAUAUAUCUGACACUAACAUACGUUCCUUUUUUUGAUGAGAUGUUUUAGGUGAUGAUGAUGAUGAUGAUGAUGAUGAUGAUGAUGAUGAUCCGGACUUUGGGUUUAUUUUAUUAUUUGAUGUAAUGUACACACACACACACACAGUUGUAUAACAUGGUGAUGUUCGUCUCUUCAUGAUAGUUGUGGGUAACAGAUAUGAAAUGUGCUUCGAUGUGAACUCCUCUGUUUUUAAUCUUUAUGUUUCUUAUUUUUAUGACCAUUUGCCAAAUGUGUGUGUGACACUGAACGGCUGCUCAGGCGGGUUUGAUGCGUGGGAUUCCUUUCUCUUUUUGGAUGAUAAGUGUUGGAAGGGUCGCCUGGAGAUCAGCCGUGUACAGUGGGAACAAUGUUAAAAUACUGCAGUAAUCCUCACUACUGAGUGCUGCAGAGACUCCUCCCUGAGGGCGGGGGGGCUACUGGUUUCCUCCAGAGAAACACUCCAGUGCAGAAUAUCAUUUAUUAUCUCCCUCUUCAAAAUAAUUCCUUCAAUUUCUGAGAUGAAACAAUGACAUUCUGAUCCUGUUCAGUUUUUACAGAGCAGCUGGGGGGCAGUGCCUUGCUCAAAGGCAACUUCCACAGCGUAGUUAGAGACGUGUCCUUAGAACUUAAAGAGGCCUUGUUCUGCUUUCUGUGGUGGUCCCUCUCCUGCAGUGGUUUCUGUGCAUGUAAACGGUCUGCAGAGGCCAAAAUCCCAGAGUUCAGGAACAUAGUGACAUCACUUCAGAACACUAAAGCUCCUAUUGGCUGAUUGGCUGAGGGGCGGGACAUCUCUAAGCGUUUGACCAAGGCAGUAAUAGAAGAAUAAAGAGCUUUCUGAACACUAGAGCCUGGAGACAAGUCCCAGUAGAGACAAGUCCCAGUAGAGACAUGUCCCAGUAGAGACAUGUCCCAGUAGAGACAUGUCCCAGUAGAGACAUGUCCCAGUAGAGACAUGUCCCAGUAGACACUAGGCGGUCAGCAGGGGAGGGUCUCUUUAAUUUGAACACUAACUAAGCUCCUCCCCCUCCUAAUUGAUCUGUGAGCCUCCAGCUGCAAUAAGACAAACAAUAAAUGUUUAAUAUAUAACUUCCUGUCUGGGUUCUCUGAUGCCUUCAGCUCUGUUAGCAUCAUGGUGUUUUUACUUCCUAUUUAAAUCUGCUCACACUUCAUUCCCUCAAACGCGUUCCUUUAAUUAAAACUACGGACACACUUGGACUAAUGUCAGAAUAAAGGGUCAUUUUUGCCACUAAAUUCCAUAUUACGUUCUUUGCUAAAAAAUAAAUGACUUUCAGUGA